AUGGAAACUAUUCUGCACAAGCUCCUUCCGCGAGUGGAGGACAAUGGUUACUCGCGCGGCCGACGAGCCUUGGUUGUAACGACGGCUUUGACGAGUAUCGCCGCUCUCAUUGUUGGCAUGCGGCUAUUCGCACGCCUUAGGUUGAUGAAGAUCACUGGACGUGAAGACUGGACUAUUUUGAUAUCUCUGGUUUUCUCGAUAGUCUAUCUCGCUCUUGUCGGUGCUCAAUUUCAUUAUGGAAUGGGUAUACACUCGGAUCAGCUUUCGACUGCUACACUGCAAUCGCAAUUGAAGUGCCUCUGGGCGGCCAUUCCCAUGUACAACGCUAGUCUGGCAUUCACCAAAUUCUCCAUUCUUUUGCAAUACCUCCGCAUCUUCCCCGCACGGUCUUUCCGACACGCCUGCUACAUUGUCAUGUCGAUCGUUGCAACCUACUCGGCAUGGGCCAUUGUUAGCGCUUAUGUCAAUUGCGUGCCGAUAGCCAAAUUUUGGAACCAUGACUUGCCAGGCAGUUGUCUUAGCUUUGAGGCAGUCUGGUUCUUCAAUGCAUCUAUGAACAUUGCAACAGAUGUGACCCUUCUUCUGCUUCCAAUGCCAUUCCUUAUCAAGCUUCAGUUGCCCAAAAUGCAAAAGGUUGCUCUGAUGGGCGUGUUUGCCAUUGGUAUUCUUGUCGUGAUCACAAGCAUUCUACGCCUUUCAAGUCUGCGGACAGUCGCCAAAAGCACAGACACCUCAUACAGCAAUGUUGGCGCUGCUUACUGGACGGCAGCAGAGUGCAAUGUGGCUAUCAUUUGCGCUUGUCUGCCGUUCCUCCGGCCUAUAAUCAGCCGCAUCUUCCCCAAGCUUCUUUCCACCAACAGCUACAACCGGUAUACCACGAAUCCAGGGCGUACCACUACCCGCAAUAUCACUGCCGCCCGGUCGCCACAAACCGAGUUGUUCAGCCAGAAUAUGGACAAAGACUUCGACAUGUAUUCGAUCAAUGUCAAACACGGCAAUCGCUCAAGUCGCAGUUCUCUUGGUGGAAUCGAGGUUACUACUGAAAUGACCGUCAUGCAGGAAAGCAAGCACGGUGAUACUGUUAGUGAGCGGCGGCUCGUGAUGGAUCCAUCAUGA